AUGGUGGUGAAGUUCAAAGAUUCUAGUCUACUGAAGCCUGCUGAAGAAACAUGGCAAGGUUGCCUAACUCUGUCAGAAUUUGAUCAAGUUGGCAGCAUAACACACAUUUCAACUAUCUACUUCUACAGACCAGACCAAAACUGGGUCACCCAGCCUGAGACCAUUGCCAAUAUCCUCAAAGACUCACUACGCCGCACUUUGGUGCCAUUCUAUCCACUGGCAGGUCGUCUGCGUUGGAUCGAGGGACGCCGUCUUGAGCUCGACUGUAAUGGCAUGGGGGUUCAGUUCAUUGAAGCCGAGUCUGAUUCAAAACUCGAUGACUUUGAUGAUUUUUAUCCUUCUCCAGUAUAUCACUCUCUCUUCCCCGCUGUAGACUACAACCUCCCAAUUCAUGAACUUCCUAUAUUGCUUGUCCAAUUGACAAGGUUCAAAUGUGGUGGUGUUUGUCUCAGCUUGAAAAUAUCACAUGCAGUUGUUGAUGGCCAUAGUGCUUCACGUUUCUAUUUGGAGUGGGCUAGGGUUGCGAGGGGUCAGCCAAUUGCCGUAAUGCCAUUUCACGAUCGUAAUGCCUUUCAAGCUCGACACCCUCCGGCUCAAUCUCUUGUGUUUGAGCAUACAGAGUUGAACCAACCACCAAUUUUACUCGGGCAAUCAAAUGAUAUCGAGGUGAAAAACAAGAAAAACACUAACACCAUGUUGAGGCUUACCAGAGACCAAGUUGAGAGACUUAAGCAGAUGGCAAAUGAAGGUACCAAUUUCAACAACUCUGACACUAAGCGCCCUUACACGCGAUAUGAGACUGUGGCUGGACACAUAUGGAGAUGUGCUUCCAAGUCAAGAAACCUUAGAGAUGAACAGGCGAUGCAAUUGGCGGUUUGGAUGGACUUUCGUAGUCGAAUAAAACCUCCGUUGCCUCAAGGCUACUUUGGCAAUGCAACAUUUUAUGUGAAUGCCACAAGUCUUUCGGGUGACUUGUUGUCAAAGCCAUUAGGAUACGCAUCGAGUAGAAUAAGGGAGGCGAUCGAAAAGGUGACAAAUGAUUAUGUGUUGUCAGCCCUUGAGAAGUUGAAGAACCAACCGGACUUGACUCAGUUUCAAGACCUUCAUCGUGCUAUAGAGAGUGACCAAGGUUCUUUUCAUGGAAACCCUAACGUUGGGGUUGUGAGCUGGUUGACAGUGCCUUUUUGGGGCCUUGACUUUGGAUGGGGAAAGGAAAUUUAUAUGGGUCCAGGAACGCAUGAUUUUGAUGGGGAUUUUGUGAUCCUUCCAAGCGCUAAUGGAGAUGGUUCUGUGUUUGUGGCUUUGUCUCUACAAGUGGUCCAUGUGGAUGCUUUCAAGAAGCACUUCUAUGAAGACUUUAUAUAA